AUGGGUUGGCUCGCCGCUGGAUGUUGGACUUUUUUAGCAGGAUACGCUCUUUACAGGAUUUUUGUCAAACAGGAUGUGCAAGAAGUCUUAGAAUCACCCGCAAAAGCACGCCGCGAAUCUGUUAUGCCAGCGCUGGUCAAAAACCCGGAAGAGCCCCAGCCAGCUUCGGACACCCUUGACGAAGAAAAGCCGGAUCUUCAACGAACCCUCGAUAUCUCGCCUCUUCGCUUGGAAAUCUCUCAACCAGGAGAUUAUGAACCACCUGAGAAGAUGGCGGACGAGACAAUACCCAAGACCGAAAGCAUGCCCCCUCCUCCGACACUUUCCAGGCCGGCCAGGCUUUCAAGCCCGCCUCGUGUGAAUCCGCCGAACGUCGAUAAGUUACCACCGCCACCUCGACCAGGCAAUGGAUUUAUUCGACCUCCUCCCUCCGCAGCAGCGUCCCUGCGUGUCCCUCCCAUCAAGCCUCUCCCGAAUGCUUCACUCGCACCGACUUCGUCCAUCAUGCCGCCUGGCAAGCAAGUUUCGCGGAAAGUGAUCCUUGAACCAGGUCACUCUCCCCUCGAUUGGGCGGCACUCACAUCCAACCCCACUAGCCAGCUUCGAGGCAAGGACGCGCCGGGAGAGCGCUUGAUUCGAGUCACGGCCGCCCAACUCAAGCGGCAGAACGGAAGAAAAGGACGAGAUGCCUGGACGGUAUACCAAGGCAAGGUGUACAACAUCACACCAUACAUUCCCUUCCACCCUGGUGGGGCGGGCGAGAUCAUGAGGGGCGCAGGCAAGGAUUCUGUCAAGUUGUUCAUGGAGGUCCAUCCUUGGGUGAACUGGGACGCUAUGCUAAGUGAGUGUCUGGUUGGCAUACUUGUCGGCGAUGACGAGGAAACAGGUGGCAAUGGGGGUGGGCUGGACGAUAUGGAUUGA